GUUCUGCAGGUGUGCACAACAGAGAUCUCUUUAGCUGGCCUGUUACCGCGGUGGAGAAGGCUGAGGUCCUCAAAAGUGCAGCCACUAUGAAGAAGAGUAUCUUGAAAGCUAACCGAUAUGAGGCGCCUGAAGCCGGUUUGAGUAACUCUAUUGGAGCUGUAACCUGGACUCUUCCUGAUGAAGGUCUUCAGGCUCACAGCUCAGUUCCCAGCAAGAGCAGCCAAAGCCCCAGACAAAAGGAUUUGAAGGAUCUCCGCAGCCUGCAGGAAUGUGUGAAGUUUAUCACUCAGUGGAAACAGCAGGUCGACCAAGUCUGCAAGCCUGGUGCCAAUGCUGAUGAAGGCCCGGGUGCUAGUGUGCUUGCAGAGCCACGCAGUCUGGAGCAAUGCCGCAAACUCAUCCUUGAGUGGGCACAGGAGCUCAGGAAGGUGGACAGUUUGUUUAGUGAGGGUACAUGGAGAAAAGAAAGAGACACCUCCUGGGAGCAGAAAGAGAGCCAGGCUGACUCUGCCAAGCAUAUGGAGCAGAAGAUCAUGGAAUGGGCUAAAGAGCUGCAGGCCGUGUCAGAGCGCUGUGGGGUGAUGAGACAAGAAUUGGCCCAAUUUCUCAAGCAGCUGGAACUGAAGAAGAGGAAAAUCUUGACUCUGUUGCCGUUUCUGGAGUUCAUAACUUGGUCUUUGCUGAAGCAGGACAGCCAGGGUGUCGUUCCACAGCUAUGGCUCCUCAGUAAACAUCGUACUUGGAAAACAGAGACACCAAAGUACAUUCCAAACUCAGUGUGGAGAUGGAUCCGCAGUGCUUCAGUGGACAUCUCACUGGACCCAAUGACUAACCACCCAUGGUUACAGCUCUCAGAUGAUAAGAAGAAGGUACAGGAAGCUCUGAGUGAAACUGAAGUGUCGUUCAGCAAGCAGCGCUUCGACAGCUGGCCGUGUGUCCUGGGUUGGGAAGGGCUCACCUCCGGUCGCUACUAUUGGGAAGUAGAUAUUGCCAACAAGGGCUACUGGCGUAUCGGAGUGACCACUGCCUCCUCUAAAAGGCACGGCAGGAGCCCUAUGAACCCCUCUGAGGGCUUUUGGACAAUAUGGAAAAGCACAAGGCAGUUUUAUGCAUGCACCAAGCCGGAGACCGAGCUGCCUCUGACACUUGUUCCUAAGAAGCUGGGAGUCUACCUUGACUACGAGGAAGGACAGGUGUCUUUCUACAAUGUAGAGACACGCACUCAUAUCUUCACAUUUACUGCAAAUUUCCGUGAAACAUUGUUUCCACUUUUUGCACCGUUGGAUGGACGCACACUUAUCACACUGUCCACCGCUGAGGUCAAUCCAGAAACGGCUUCUCUCUAAAUAUGCCAUCUUUUAAGCUUGACUCCUGUCCUCUUAAGGUGUCAAGCGCAAAUUUGAAAAGCACAUGUGCACUACCUUUUGAGGUUUACAUUCAAUUAAAAACACAGGAUCUAAUCAGAUAAGACAUUCAGGAGAAAAUAGCGUUUUCAAUUCAUUAACUUAAAUUCGCCAGUGAUUCCCACAUAGACCUUACAUGGGCAGGCCACCCAGGUAUAUUAACGGCUGCUCAAGAACAUUUGGUGACACUUAUUCUUUUAUCCUUUUACACUUUUUUUUUAUAUCCGCCCAAUAUAAUCGAACAUCUGCGAUAGAUUACGUAGUGAAAAAUCUUCUCUUGCUUACAUGUUUUGUACUGCGCAAGAUCUGUCAACACUCCCACAGAAGUCUCACGUGCUCUGCAGACCCACAGAGGCUUCCCUUUUUGAGAUUUUGAUGUUAAAGACCUUCUCAGAAUAUUUUUAGACCUCAUCGCCACUUCAAGUUCUAAUCAGUAUUAAACCUUUACUUAAUAAACAGCUGUGGUUAAAUGAAUCAAUGGAGCACAACCAUGAAACAGAACUCAAAUAAGCUCGGAAGAAACA